AAAAGGACCAUCGAAAAAAACGGGGGGCUUUGGAAAUCCACAAAAAAAAAAAAAAAAAACUCGGUCAAGUCAAAACCCUCCCUUUUAGGAGGAGGAAACGUGUCAGGCAUUUUCCCUUUUCUGGAUUUUAUCCAAAAAAAUAGAAAAAAUUCUUGGAUUUUUUUUUUCCCAAUUGUUUUGAUAUAUCUAUAUAUCUGUACGCAUGUAAGGGGGGGAAAAAUCGAUUCGUCUUUGUUCAACCUAGUUUGGAUCUGGAAACUGGUUUAUAUAAAGGAGGAGGAAAAGCAUGUGCUCGUUUUUCUAGGGUUUUGUUUGCCUGGACGUGCUUCGGAACACCAUGAGGAAGAAGCUUGACACCCGUUUUCCCGCCGCUCGAAUAAAGAAGAUAAUGCAAGCUGAUGAAGAAGUCGGGAAGAUUGCUAUGGCUGUACCGCUUUUAGUUUCUAAAGCAUUGGAACUGUUUCUUCAAGAUCUUUGUGAUCGGACGUAUGAUAUCACCCUCCAGAGGGGAGCGAAGACUGUGAAUUCUUUUCAUCUAAAACAGUGUGUACAAAGCUUUAAUGUGUUUGAUUUCCUGAGAGAUAUCGUGAGCAAGGUUCCUGAUUUAGGUUGUUCAGAUGCUUCUGGUGAGGACCGAUCUGCUGCCAAAAGAAGGAAAGUUGCUGACAAUGAAGAGCAUGACAGUGAUGACGAGUUAAAGAGGGUGAGGAUGCACGAGACAGGCCACACCAGCAGUAGUGGAAGAGGAAGGGGUAGGGGUAGAGGUAGAGGCAGGGGUAGAGGUGGUCGAACAGUUGAAAAAAUUGAAGGUGAUCCAGACAUUUCUCAUCACAACGAGGAUGACAAGCAAAAUGUUGAAAGGCUGGAUAAUGGUGAAGCUCAUGACAGAUCAAAGCAGAGUAUUGCAGUUUCUAAGGAUGCAGGAGCAACAGCUCGAAAUUUCGACCUCAAUGUUGACUUGGACGAGAAUGGAGAUUCAGCAACUGUGUUAGCUGCUACCCCUGCAGCAACCUCAUCAGCAAAGCCUGCUUUUGAAAUGAAGCACGAAGAAUAUCCUGGAUGGUCCCUUGCUGACAUGGAGAAAAUGGCAAUUGAUCCUGUUCAACUUGCCAAUUUAAAUACAAGGAUGGACGAAGAGGAGGAAGAUUACGAUGAAGAAGGUUAACUCAAUGAAGAAUCUCCAGGUCUUUGCGGUUACUUAGAGUACACAUGUUGGUAGUUCCUUAAAUCUCUUGUAUACAUAGGAAUAGGUAGUGGAUAGCUCUGAGACAGGUAGGCAAUUUAGGGAAAUGAGGAAGGAAAUUGAACACAGCACUCUGGGUGAUAUUUACCAAGGGGAGGUUUUUGCUUUUGGCAUUUCUAGAAGCUUGUAUAAUAUGUUUCUAUACUGUUCUCUAACAGCAAUGAUCUCAGAUAUGUUCAUUUCCCAGAAAAUAUGGUAAAAUCUUAUCCAAGUUGUGUAA